AUGAGUGACACAGCACUUGUGGUACUUCGCUCCAGGAAGGACAUCAGCACAGCGUGGCUUGAGGAACUACUGAAACAAAGGCUAAAAUCUAACGUCGAAGUCAUAUCAUGGACAUCAAAACCCCCAAGUACAAAGAAUUAUUUCAUGAGCGAGAUGUGUUUCGUUCAAGUGACUUUCAAAGGCCCAAAUCACCCAACAGAAGAGAGGUCUUUGGUCGUCAAAUUUGCUCCGACUGCACAGGAUGCAAUUGAAUUCAUGAAGAAUGGGAACCUCGCAAGGAAGGAGAUUGAGUUUUACAAAUUUGUCUUAACGGAUGACUUCCGACUUUUCUGCGAGAAGAGCGGCCUGAAGAAUCCAGUCCCAGAUGUGUACUGGGCGGAUUUGAAAAUAACGACGACUUUUGAACAGAAUUCCGACAUCCAGUCCCCAUACGUUAUUCAUGCCUGUGGAGUUGCUACCAUAAAGAAGCAUGGAAGGGAGUACCUGGAUGUUCCCUCUGGAGACUUUCUCGACACCGCUGUAAAGAUAGGCCUUGACAGAGAAGUGGAAAUGUUCAAGGGAACACGCACAGCAGAAACUUUAAGGGCAUUAUACUCCUUAAGGGAAGAGAUGAUUGAUACAAGAUCUCCACUAUUCGAGACGUUGAUCCACGGAGAUUUGUGGACAGGCAACGUCAUGUUCUCUGGAGACAACACGAGCGCCGUCAUCCUUGAUUGGCAGUUUGCUUCAGUUGACAACCCUGUGUGUGACAUUCUUUCCCUGUUGUUGAUGAGCAGCCAUCCUGUGGUGUAUGAGCAACACCUGAAUGACGUUCUACGGAGCUACUGGCAGAGUCUGACUGAAGCUUUGGAAAAGAAUGGAGCUUCAGUUGAUUGCACUUUUGAAGAUCUGUCCCGCUGUGUUGAAGAAAUGUGGAUGUAUGGUUUCAUGUUUUUUACAGCAAGUUUGCCGGAUUUACUGGAUAACAAUAUAACUGCUUUGCACCGAGGCCAAAAUGCCGUAAAGUUUCUAGAGCAGAAGAAGGUACUGUCAAAGUUUCUCCAGUCCCAUGGAAAAGAAAUGGCAUAG